ACAGAUUUCACGACACGUCGGGAGCAAAGCAUUUGUUUGUAUACCGUUUUUUUGCAUCAUUCAUUCACUGCAGCCCAUCUCUCAAAAGCAACCACACGACUCUGUUUCACUUUCUCUGUCCCAUCCCAAAGUUCCCCCAAGAAAGGCAAGCUAAACAACCCAAGAAAGAAGAGCAGGUGGCAAAAGCUACGAAGAGAGAUAGAGAGAGAUUCUUGGAAGGGAAGAAAGAGAGUGAGAGAGAGAGGAGGGCAACGCUGAAUAGAUCGAGUGGCUGGGAAACGAGGAAGUGGGAAGGGAGUUUUGUGUGUAUGGGGAGUGGAGGUACACUGGUGGAAGGGGUUCGUCGCUGGUUUCAACGUCGCACAGAUAACUACAGAAAUAGUAACGGUUCAGGCACUAACACUAACACCUAUAAUAAUCAGCACGCUAAUAAUAUCGUUAUUGAUGAUAGUUGUGGCCACGUCUCUUCUGUGAGCGAACUUUGCGCUCAAUCAUCCGUAGUUCGUAAGCGUAAGAAAGGGCUAAAACAAGGAGAGGAACGAGAAGAAGAGGAAGCCCCAGUGGGAGACUUUGAUACGUCUUGCUUGAAGCUCGUUAAGGUUCCCAAACGGACCACCAACUCCAAACCUGGCUCCAUGGAUUCCCAAAAGAAGGGUGGGUUAGAGACGGAAUUCUUCACAGAGUACGGAGAGGCAAGCCGGUACCAAAUUCAAGAAGUCGUUGGGAAAGGAAGUUAUGGUGUUGUUGGCUCUGCAAUUGACACCCAUACUGGAGAAAGGGUUGCAAUUAAGAAAAUUAAUGACGUUUUUGAACAUGUUUCUGAUGCCACUAGGAUUCUGAGAGAAAUUAAGCUCCUCCGGUUGUUGCGUCAUCCUGAUAUUGUAGAAAUAAAGCAUAUUAUGCUUCCUCCUUCACGACGGGAAUUUAGAGAUAUAUAUGUUGUUUUUGAGCUAAUGGAAUCUGAUCUUCAUCAAGUAAUUAAGGCAAAUGAUGAUCUUACUCCUGAGCAUUAUCAGUUUUUCUUGUACCAGCUUCUUCGUGGUCUGAAGUAUAUACAUACAGCAAAUGUCUUUCAUAGAGAUUUAAAGCCAAAAAAUAUUCUUGCUAAUGCUGACUGCAAAUUAAAGAUAUGUGAUUUUGGGCUUGCUCGUGUGUCUUUCAAUGAUGCCCCGUCUGCAAUUUUCUGGACUGACUAUGUUGCAACACGAUGGUAUCGUGCACCUGAACUGUGUGGCUCGUUUUUCUCGAAAUACACCCCUGCUAUUGAUAUUUGGAGUGCAGGAUGCAUAUUUGCAGAAAUGCUUACAGGAAAACCACUAUUUCCUGGAAAAAAUGUGGUGCACCAAUUAGAUCUCAUGACUGAUUUUCUUGGCACUCCUGCUCAAGAAUCUAUUGCAAGAAUUCGGAAUGAGAAGGCAAGAAGGUAUCUGAGCAGCAUGCGGAAAAAGCAACCAGUUCCGUUCUCCCAAAAGUUCCCUAAUGCGGAUCCAUUGGCUCUUCGCCUACUAGAGCGCCUACUUGCAUUUGAUCCUAAAGAUCGUCCCACGGCUGAAGAGGCAUUAUCUGAUCCUUACUUCAAUAGUUUAUCUAAUGUGGAGCGUGAACCUUCAUCCACUCAACCUAUAUCAAAACUUGAGUUUGAGUUUGAGAGGAGGAAACUGACUAAAGAUGACGUUAGAGAGUUAAUCUAUAGAGAGAUUUUAGAAUAUCAUCCCCAGAUGCUGCAGGAGUAUCUUCAAGGUGGAGAUCAGACUAGCUUUAUGUACCCAAGUGGUGUAGAUCGAUUCAAACGGCAGUUUGCGCAUCUUGAAGAGCAUUAUGGUAAAGGUGAAAGAAGCACUCCACUCCAAAGGCAGCAUGCUUCCUUACCUAGGGAGCGGGUUUGUGCACCCAAGGAUGAGACUACUGACCCCAAAAGUGAAAUUGAAAAGCAAACUGCAGCUUCUGUUGCUACAGGUCUUGAGAGUCCUCCAAGGUCGCAGCAAUAUGAUAAUUCAGAAAAUGUUAAUACAGAUUCACAAAAUGGACCUAGUAAGCCUAACCACAGUGCUCGAAGUCUGUUGAAGAGCGCUAGUAUUAGUGCUUCCAAGUGUGUAGUUGUGAAAUCAAGAAAAGAUUCAGAGCAGGAGGAACCAAUUGUUGAGGACAAUGAUGAGGCAAUCAACGGCUUGUUGCAAAAGGUUGCCACCCUACAUGCCUGAUUUCCUAGCUCUGAUCUAUAUUUUCAAGAGUUCCAGAUAGUGUAGUUUUGUGUUCAGUGCAUAUUUCCUCCGUGGUAUGGAUGGAGGGUGCUCCAUAAAUCUACACUGAAGACCCUCAUUAUUUCAGGUAGAAGCUAACGCUCGAUUGCAUGAUAAUUGUGUUAGUGGUAGAGAAAAUCUUGUAAUGAAACAUUAUUUGGAAGACACCCCAACAAUGUCCCCUUUGUGUACUGUGAUACAAUAGGGAGAGAGGUUUUGGUUUGAAGAACAGGGAAUCUGUAUUUUGUUUUCAUUUCAUUUACCUAUAUAAACACUUAGUUCUGAUUGCUGGUAA